AUGCGUCUUUAUGAUGUGGUGCUAGCAGCUGCUACGAUUCUCUUGACAGCUAUCGAUGGCAUCUCAAUAGCGACGGACGCAAACCGGAACCCUGUCGACCUCUCUGCUACGACUCGUUCGUUCACACAAGAGCAGCAGAAUAUCCCCACCAAGCGGUCCUUGAGGGUGUACACUACCGAGGCGGAGGAUAACGACGAAGAGAGGGCGAUUAACUUUAAAUCGCUCCCCGGCGUUGACAAACUGAAGACGGCCUGGACCCAAAACAAGCUUUCGAAAUACCUCAAGAAGGGAAAAACAGGAGACGAAGUUUUCUCGAAGCUCAAGCUUGACAAGGCAGGCGACACACUUUUCGAGAACCCGAAGUUCCACGUUUGGGUCAAGUACGUGACCGACUACAACAUCAAAGCAGGAAAGAACGAGAUAUCGAUGAUACCGACUCUGACGAAACACUAUGGCGACGAUGUUCUGGUGAAGAUGCUCGAAAUAGCUUCAAAGUCGAGCGUUGUGGAUACAAGGCGAGUUGCAUCGAGCUUGCAGGAGCAACAGGUCAAGUAUUGGAGGAGUUUGGACCUCUUACCAACAGAUGUCUUCACCAGAUUAAGACUCGGAGACAAAGGCAAAUUGGACGAUAUGCUUACCAACCCGAGCUUCUUCGCGCUCAACAAAUACCUUGUCGACUAUAAUGUGCGGUACUCCAAGUCGCUGACUAUGGUUGAAGUUCUCAAGGGAGGCUACGGUGAUGAAGCCAUUGCUAGGAUGCUGCAACAAACUGCGACGAAGGCCAAGGACGUGGAAAUCCAGAAGAUGGCGGUGAGACUGCAGAACCAGCAGUUCGAACACUGGCGAGACAUAGGUCUCAACAGCGAUGACAUCUUUAAAGAACUGAGACUUAAUAAGGUUGGAGUCACGCUUGAAAACUCGAAUUUCGUGGUUUGGGGGAAAUUCCUGCAAAAUUGGAGUGGGGAGAACACAACUCCGUUUAAGAGUCUGUGGGCGAGGUAUGGAGAGAAAAACCUGGCAACUAUGCUUGUUGCACCUAGAGAACAGGCUGGAGACAGUGUGAUCCCAUUCUUGCAGAAUCAGCUAGUUAACCAGUGGCUGGCCAUGGAGAGAACCCCGGCUGACGUCUUCAAGAUGAUUGGGUCUUCGGAUGGGGGGAAGAAACUUGUAGGGGCUUAUAGGUGGAGUUACAGGAAUAAGUUUAACGCCGCAUAG